CACAAUUGCCCGACGCAACGACAUUAUCGCACCUUACAAUGUCGUUCAGAGGCGGAGACCGAGGUCGCGGAGGCGGAGGCAGGGGUGGUUUCCAGAACAGAGGAGGAUUUGGCGGAGGUCGCGGAGGUCUCCAACAGUCCGGACCGCCAGCUACACAGUUGGAGAUGGGGACGUUUCUUCACGCUUGCGAAAAUGAAAUCGUCUGCGAGUCAACCAACACCAAGAUCCCAUACUUCAACGCCCCGAUCUACCUGGAGAACAAGACACCUAUUGGAAAGGUUGACGAGAUCCUCGGCCCCCUGAACCAAGUAUACUUCACGAUCAAGCCGCAAGAGGGCAUAGUCCCGACCAGCUUCAAGAGCGGUGAUAAAUUCUACAUUGGCAGCGACAAGCUCCUACCGCUGGAGAAGUUUUUGCCAAAGCCAAAGCCGCCACCGGGUGCUCCGAAGGUCAAGAAGUCGGCGGCAGGAGGCCGCGGCGGGGCUAGAGGCGGCGCGAAAGGCGGUAGAGGGGCACAGAGAGGCCGCGGUGGUCGUGGCGGAAGCCGAGGUGGCUUUGGCGGAGGUCGCGGUGGAAGUUUCCAAGCAUCGAGAGGCGGCGCACGAGGUGGCUUUGGCGGGUCGUCACGAGGUGCCUCGAGAGGACGAGGAGGAUUCCGUGGUGGCAGGUAAGAAGGAAACUGUCGGUCACGGAACGCUCAUGCUGGCCCAAUUGGCGACACGGCGUUUAAGGGACGGUUAAGUUUACAUUGGGAAUCAAGAAGUUAUGUGUAUCAUCUCGUAGCAACAGCCACACAGUGCCGUACGCUUCAAUCAGACUUGUCGUUGAUAGGGCUGCUGGAGGUUCGGAGCAGCAACACGCAAACUCAUUUUUUGAUGCAUGCGCAAACAGAAUCCAAACUCGAAGCUCAUUUGCGAGACAACCGUGGACACACGGCAUUGUAAGACAGAAAUUCCUCUUAUAGUACGAACGUGAUGAAAUUUAGUAUUCUAGACCUGGAUCCG